AUAUUAAAAAAUUAAAGGACCAUGAAUAUAAACAAUAGAAAAUUACGGCGGCGACCUCAGGAUCGAUCCAUUUGAAGCCAACUUGAUGUUUAAGUAGCUGAAGACAUACCAUUUACCAUUUGGUUGGGAUGCUGACUUCUUGUUGUCGAAUGUUAAUUGAGGAAUUGAGUUGCAGAAAGCUAAAUGGAUUUGGAUUCAGUGAGGAGAUUAUUAGAGAGAGGGGAAGAGGAGAUUGAGAAUAAUUCGAUCGAUGCAGUGUCCAGCAAAACUGAGUUUUUCGACCAUCUUACUUUGCAAGGGAUUCAAAUCGAUGUCAUCGAACCAGGUCGAAUCGUCUGCUCCAUGAAAGUCCCUCGUUGCCUUGUGAACUCUGAUGAUAACUUCCUGCACGGCGGGGUGACAGCAACGCUGGUGGACAUAGUUGGGGCAUUAACAAUGUAUACUGUUGGAGCUCAAACAACCGGUGUUUCUGUUGAAAUCAAUGUCACCUACUUGGAUGCUGCAUUUCCGGAU